GACUGUACAUAUAGCAUAUACAGCAAAUAAAAAAAUAAUGCAUUAAAAAAAAAAGUUACUUCUACCACUAAAUUCCAACUUUCAUCAUAAUAUUGCACAAAUGCUCAGUUUUUCUUGUAAAAUUUUGACUUGCUUUGAGUAAAAUUACGACUUUUAUUAUAACAAAAUUCUAAGUUUUUCUUGUGAAAUUGUGACCUUUUUCUUGUGAAAUUCCGACUCAUUUUUCACAAGAAGUUUUUUUUACAUUUGCAUAGUAUGUAUAUAUUAUUAAUCUUGUAAAUAUAAGUCUUUAUAUAUCUAAAGAGGUAGGCAUUAUUCGGAGGUCUCAAGAAGGUAACAAAUACAAGAAAUGUGUGUGUGUGUGUGUGUGUGUGUGUGAGUGAGUGUGUGAGUGUGUGACAGGCACGAGAAGCCGGAAGAUGGGAUAAACUGCAGAUGAAGUAGUUAUACACGUGGUAAACACAUGUCAGUAUGCAGUACUAAUGCAGUACUAUGCAUAUUUGAAGUAUUAGGUGGAACAACGUGCAUUCUCUCUCUCUAAGCUGUAAUCAUGCACAACAUCUGGAAUGCUCUCAGCACACGUUCACAGAUGUUGUCACAGCACAAUCAUCCUCUUACUGCACAAAACCACUCAAUAUUCCAAAGCAUUUCUUUUUUUGGAUGCUCCUUUUUGCAACACGCAGUGGACGAAGCUGCAGGAUCAAUGGAUGAAAAGAUGUUCGACCCCCAAACAGCACUGCAUCAAGCAGCUGUGAUGGGAAACAGUGACGCCAUCUCUGUUCUCAUUCAAGGCGGCUGUGCUUUGGACCUUCAAAACAAAAACGGAAACACGGCGCUGCAUGAGGCGUCAUGGCACGGUUUCUUCCAGUGUGUCAAACUGCUGGUCAAGGCUGGAGCUGAUGUAAAUAUCAGCAACAAGGCGGGACACACGGCUCUUCAUCUGGCCAGUCAGAACGCUCACGCUCAGACUGCUCGCCUUCUGCUUGUCGGUGGCGCCAAAGCGGACAGCAAGAACAAUGAGGGCGACACUUGUUUGCACGUGGCUGCUCGCUACAACAACGUGACGCUCGUGAGAAUGCUGCUCAGCUCCUUGUGCUCUGUCGACCAGAGGAACCAGAAAGGUGACACGGCGCUACAUGUGGCUGCUGCUCUCAACCAUAAGAAGACAGUUCAACUUUUAUUGCACUCCGGCUCAGCUAGAAACAUCACAAACAACGAGGGGAAGACAGCGUUGGACAAAGCCAGAGACAACAACCACAAACAUGUUGCACUUUUGUUGGCCAGAGAGCCUCAGGUACAAAAGCACCUGCAAGGAAGGAAGGACAGACGAGUAUUCACAGCUAAGCUCAGGACAGUUCCAGUCGCCACAAAAAAAGAAAGCUCUUCAUUGGUGGAAACAUCCAGCAGUGACCCCACAGAGAUGAAAACAUUGAAGGAAGCUCAUGUAGAAAACUAUGUGACAUCAUGGAACAUCAUCAACCCUGAAAGAGGCAACGAGAAGCCUCUCCACUUGAAGAAGAAUCCAGUCAUUGAAGACAAGCUAUGGACUAACUACAGAAACAUUUCUUACACAGUAUACCGUGACAAGGACGGAAUCGUUCAACAGGCACCGAGUGGAGGCUGUCACUGCAGGCCUUUGAUAAAGAAGCUGGAGCAGCAAGUUAAAGCCACUCAAGAAGAGAUGAGACUGCAAAUGUUUAGGAUGCAGAAGGUUGACAACAAGCUGUGUGAAAUGGACCUUAGGAACAAACAUCAGAUUUUGUCGCACAAAAAACAUCGAAGUUGUGUCAAGCAGGCGGCAACAAGGCGGGAGUUGAAGAGGCGGCCCACGGCCCAGGUUGAAGUCAAAAGCCUGGGCUACAAGUUGCUGUCCUCACCCCCCGCGGAGUCGGACAGUGAGCGGCAAUCCAUCCCCUUGCUGUCGGUGGUAUCUGCAGGCAGCAGCUCUUCAUUGGCCACUUAUGUCAACAUUCUUCCACCCACCUGCAGUCUGAACGCAGUCCAACAGGAUUUGACUGGCAGUGACAAGUACUUGCAAAUGAAAGAAAACGGGUCACUUGAUGACGACCAGAACACAGCCUUCUUGUCGCUGCCUGGUCGCCAUGCUUUAGGAUUCCUUGUGGGUUCCAAUGACCCCGGCAGACAGAGUCCAGGAGUGCGGGACGGGGACACGCCGGUGCUACUGUGUGGUCAGGGCUUCGCAAACACCAGCAGCCAGUCCAGCGAAAGCGAGCCCUCAAGUGCCCGGUGUCAAGGAAAAAUUGGAGAAGAAUCGAGUGAACCAACGUGUGCACGGACGCAAGCGACCCAGAGCAGAACAAUGGAGUUCUUCAUUGAGCCUCCAUUGGAGCCAACAUUCAGCCAGGAGAGAAACACCCUGCACGCUGUGGAGGUCACGCAACGUUUCUUUGAGACGGUGUCUGUUCAGUUGGAGCGUUGGUAUGAGAGGAAGGUCCUGGAAGUGGAGGAGCAGAUGAAGCUCAGAGUGCAGCAGGACAAACAGGAACUACUAGACCAAAUCAACACGUUGGAGGAGGAGCUCCGGAGAAUGAAAAUGGACGAGAAGGCUGGGAAAACAUAAAUGAAAAUAAUGACUGUGUUACUUAGCGAGUCUUGACAGGCUUCUCCCACAUCUUAAGGAAUAUCAAUCAAUCAAUGUUUAUUUAUAUAGCCCUAAAUCACAAGUGUCUCAAAGGGCUGCACAAGCCACAACGACAUCCGCGGUACAGAGCCCAUGUAAGGGCAAGGAAAAACUCACAACCCCAAUGGGACGUCGAUGUGAAUGACUAUGAGAAACCUUGGAGAGGACCGCAUAUGUGGGUGACCGCCCCCCUCUAGGGGAGACCGGAUGCAAUGGACGUCGAGUGGGUCUGACAUAAUAUUGUGAAAAUCCAGUCCAUAGUGGCUCUAACAUA